AUGCAAAACGAUCAAGGCGUUAUGGUAGAUCUCUACGUACCGAGAAAAUGCUCGGCUACCAACCGUCUCAUCACUUCAAAAGAUCAUGCAUCAGUUCAAAUUAAUGUUGGAAAUGUCGACGCGCAAGGGCGAUACACUGGAACUUUUUCCACUUAUGCGUUAUGUGGUUUCAUUCGUGGGCAAGGUGAAUCAGAUGACUCCUUAAAUCGUUUAGCGACGAGUGAUGGAUUAUUGAAAAAGUGA